GAACCUCCUCUGGGCUUUUGUUGUCGUCGUCGUCGUCAAAGGGUCGCCUACGGGGCUUCCUGACGGGGUUCUGAGGGAACGAGGAGGAGAAGGCCAAAGGCCUCGCCCUCUCUCUUUCUCAAGCCCGGCAUGUCCCGGCUUGCCCAGCUGGGCCAACGUAUUGGGGUUGUCUUAAGAUUUUCCCCUACCUCGUAGAGGACUGCAGCAUCACCCAUCGAAUGUCCUUUGGCAGUACUUGAACAACCUGGAUAUGUUGCCAAAUAUUUGCAAAUGAUUUUAUAGUUUGAUCCAAUGAUUUUUCUGGAUAUAUGUUUCUCUCUUCAGUAAUAAGUGCAAAGUCCAAAUCCUGAUCACUGGCAGAUAUUUUUAUUUUAAAAACAUGGACCAUCUUGCUAGGGAUAAAGAUGAAAGGCGACCAACGAAAGGAACUCUAGUAAGAAGUACCCACAGUUCCCGUGGAUCAGGUACCUCUUCGGCUGCUGGUGUUCUUAUGGUUGGGCCCAAUUUCAGAGUUGGCAAGAAGAUUGGAUGUGGGAACUUUGGAGAACUCAGACUAGGGAAAAAUCUUUAUACAAAUGAAUACGUAGCAAUCAAACUGGAACCAUUAAAAUCACGUGCCCCACAGUUGCAUUUAGAAUAUAGGUUUUAUAAACACAUUGGCUGCACAGUUGAAGGCUUCCCACAAGUUUAUUACUAUGGACCAUGUGGAAAGUAUAAUGCCAUGGUUCUUGAGCUCCUUGGUCCCAGUUUGGAAGACCUGUUUGAUCUUUGCGAUAGAACAUUCACUCUGAAGACAGUCCUAAUGAUAGCAAUCCAGCUGAUCACUCGGAUGGAAUUUGUGCACUCAAAGAACCUCAUUUAUCGAGAUGUCAAGCCAGAAAACUUCCUUAUUGGCCGGCAAGGAAAUAAGAAAGAGCAUAUCAUUCACAUAAUAGACUUUGGAUUGGCCAAGGAAUACAUUGACCCUGAAACGCAAAAACACAUACCUUACAGGGAACACAAGAGCCUAACUGGAACAGCAAGAUACAUGUCCAUCAACACACAUCUUGGCAAAGAACAAAGCCGGCGCGAUGACUUGGAAGCUCUUGGACAUAUGUUCAUGUAUUUCCUUCGGGGCAGUUUGCCAUGGCAGGGCCUUAAGGCUGACACACUCAAGGAGAGAUACCAGAAGAUUGGGGAUACUAAAAGAAAUACUCCAAUAGAUGUUCUCUGUGAGAACUUCCCAGAGGAGAUGGCUGCUUACCUUCGCUAUGUCAGACGACUAGACUUCUUCGAGAGACCAGACUAUGAAUACUUGAGAACCAUCUUCACAGAAUUAUUUGAAAAGCGAGGAUUCACCUUUGAUUAUGCCUACGACUGGGUUGGCAGGCCAAUUCCUACUCCAGUGGGGCCUUUGCCUGUGCAUGUUGAAUCUGGACCAUCUGUAACAAGAGAAGUCCAUCCACACAGAGAUCGGUCAUUGAUACCAGUUCACCGGAAUCAGGCUGUAGAACGCCGAGGAGAAUGGGAAGCCACGGCACCGAACAGGCAGGCCAAUGCUUUGUUCCUGACACCUCACUUGGCUACAGAGCGGCAUGGGGGAUCGGUUCAGGUGGUAAGUUCAACCAAUGGGGAGCUGAACACCGAUGAGCCAACGGGAGCCCCCUCCAACAUACAACUGGCAGCACGCACUGAGGUGGAAGUAGUGGAGGAAGCUAACUGCCUGAAAAUGCUCAACUUGUGGUGCUGCUGCUUCUAUAAGAGGAAAAGAAGGAAGUCUUCCCAGCGCCAGAAAUGACAGGUGUUUCCUUGAAAUCUUUGGGGGACUUUGUUUACCUGCUGUUCCUGCCACGUCUUAUUGAAUGGGGCUUCUCUUGGGGAGAGGACGAGAAACAAGGGACAUUUUAAAACCAAAAAAGAGAGAGAGCGUGCAAGAGAGAGGGAGAGAAAAGGGGAGAAAACCCAGAAUAAACAUUCAGGUGGAUUUCCUAAAUGUUCUCUGUUGCUCACUUCACACCUGAGGCUCCUUUUGGAAGUGGGUCCGCAUCCUCUCAGGCACUGGUUGCCCUUGAUGGAAGGAUGGCUGGCUACCUCCCUUCCUUCCUUCCUCUCUGUACAACAGUUCCACAAAGGGAGCGUUCCUGGUGAAUGUGCUUUGUUCCGGCUCCCUUUCUCUUUUUUUCCUCUCUCGAUAUGCUUCCUCCACUCCCUGCCACCGGCUGCGAAGAGCUUUGCGAACUGUUUGUAGACUUUAGGUGGUGGCGGAGAGGAUGGCUUUCUGAGGGUCCAAUUCCUCUUCUUCCGAAUGGCUUCGUUUUCAGCUGCUCUGGCGGCGCAGAUCUGACCCUUCUUAAAUCGCACUCCACCAAAUUCCAUGAUAGUAAGCCAAGAGCAAGAGAACUGCAAUCUACUCUUCCAGUUGCCUUGAUUUACUGGUUUUAUGUGAUGUCGCCCUUCUCAGAAUGGUUAUGGAGAAGUGUCAGUUCUAAAGAAACGUAUGUUCUUGCACUUUUAAUUAUGUUUUAGCAUUAUGUAUGCAUAUGCUGUAUGUGUGGGUGUUUUCCUUGUGGGUGUGACUGAUGCCAGCACACACGUUCAGCCAGUGUUUUGAGUGCAAAGCCUCCGCCUGACGCAUCCUUCCUGCCCCAUUUGGAAUCCCCUAGGACUACUCCGAGGCUUUUAGAGCUUGCUGUGGGUUGUGCACUGAAGCUUACUUGAAUUUCCAGCUGCCAUUUCCAGCUGUCAGUGGACGCCCCCUGCCCUCCCUUGCGAUUUUCCUCCAUGGUGCCUGACCAAACCUGCUUGGAACUGGACAGUUUUACUCUGCCGAUGGGUUGGGAGAGAAGUCAGCUGGGCUGAACUUUGGCAGGUUGCAGAAAUAAAGACUACUGUAAGAGGAAAUGGAGCUGUUUCAGCCAUUGAAAGGGAGCAAAGCUGCUCAGUCAAGGAGAGGACACUGCCACUGCCUUAGACAUCAACUGUAAUCUGAACGUCCAGAGGGUUUUCAGAAUGGAAAAGGCCUUGGCUUCCAGCAGAGCAGUUUCUUUUGUAUUUUGCCUACACUUCUUUCUGCUAGCAGUCAGGACUGUUUAGUAAUGUGUCCCAUGAAGUGGGCUGUUUCCACUUUGAAUACACUCAGUCUCGUAUUCCAAGCCUUGGUUUCCAAACGUCUACAGUCCUAUUUGGGAUAUGGUUUGGGAUAAGUGUUGGAAAUGUAGAAAUAUUUGUCCCCAAAGGGUGUCUUCCUGCUGUUCUGGAUUAGAAAGUAAUUGGUUUGUUGAGAGAGCAUCUAGUCUUGCCUUGUCAAGUCUUGUGUCUUAAGAGGCCUUGGAAAGCGAACUGUCUCAAGAUUCUGGCAUUUUGACGUCAAGAAGGAAAGGUUGAGUGUCCCUUGCUUGACCAUGAAGACUCUCCUUGGGUGGGGGUUCAGGGCAAGGAACAUCCUCUGCAGUGAUAGCUUACUUUGUUAAAUGACACAUAUUCAUUCCAUGGUUGUAAAACUCUACUUAAUCUUAAAACAUAAAGGAAGUUGUUACUGCUGAGUUGCAGACUGUUUUUCUGUCCCCAUUUCAUAAGCCAAAACAUAGACUUGCUUUUUGCUCAUGAGCUGUCUUUCCUCAAACUUUGCGUACCUCCAUUCUUUGAGUUCUGCCAGUUGCCUUUUCCCUGCUAUUGGAAUGCAACUUGGAAAUACGAAAUUUCUGCUCCUCCUGAUUGUUCUCGUGUACUAAAACGAGCCUCGCUUCCCACUCUUACCAUAGGAAAACAUACCUGAUUUCUUAGAUGGAGGGGAUGUAGGAAUUCACAAAGAAAGACUCUUCAAUUCCAUGCUUCAAGCUUUGCAAAAUAUGGCAGCAUUUUCAACUCUGUUUCCUAAUCCCAAAGGAAAGCCCUCUUCCCCUCUACACAACAAUCUGUCUCUAUUCCAUCAGUGAGCAACUGGGGUUUCCUGGAAAGCUAUAUUUCAAACAAAGGGCCCUUUCUUGGAAAAAUAAAGAUUUUCCUUUAGAUUUCUUCAUGAAUGCAUGCAAAGACAUUUAUAUUAAAACAUUUUUCUUCUCUGCCAUUUUUCAACCCCAAGGGAUGACAAUUUUAUGAAUGCAAUUUCUUAUUUAUGUUCAUAGGGAAAAAAACAUGUUCUGAAACAGGUUGAUAAAUAUUCAACCUUAUUUGAUAUUCAGGUGCUCUUCAGAAAGCAAAUAUAUGAGAAAUAUGACUUAGCAGAGCCCUCCUAGAUCAGUAGUAGGAAUCAUUAUUUUCCAGAUAGUGCAGCUUUCAAGAUCAAUCACUAUCAGUUGCUCAACAGUAUUUGGAGGACUAUGUGAACCUUACUCUGUAUUCUAGCUCUUUAGGUCCACUGGGUUAAAUGUGUGUUUAUCAAGAUUACAAUCUAGGUCUCCCUCAAGUCUCACAAAUUAGCAUUUCAGAUUAUAAACAGCAGCAAAACAGUGGAGAAUGUGUACAAAAAGCAGUUCCCAUUUCUUAAAGAUGGACUCCUACUUGUUCCAUGCUUUCUUUAGAAGAGUUUUAGUUCGUGAUCUGAGCCUGCAGCCCUUUGUUUCCAUGAAAUAACCAGCAUUGACUUGGAGCUUCUUUGAGCCGUUGCGAUCUUUCUCUGAAAUGUAUUGAUCCUUUCCAAAGAACAGCAAGACAUUAAAUGGCUUUCUUCCCCUUCCUUCCUAACAGCAUGAAGCUAGCUAUUUUGAACAGAACACUGCCGCCAAUUAUCUUCUUUUUCUAGUCCAGAUCAGUGCCAACGCUGGCAAGACACAGCAGGCAUCGCUACCUAUUGUUCUGAAACUUACAGUUGGGAAGCCAGAAGUCAAAUUUAGCAGUCUGUCUCCCUUCCUUCCAAUUCUGUGUAUCUUCUCAGAUAUUACAAGCCAAAAUGACUUAAUUGGGAGAAUAAUCUUGCUUUGGGAUUCAUAUUUCUCUGAUAGCUUGACUUUUUAUUUCCCGUUUUGGCGGGAAGAAGGUGUCAGCAAGUAGAUGUUCGUACUGAAUGCAGAGACAGCUUGAAGGAGAUAUUUAAAGGAUGGGCUUUCCAAGGCCACCAUUCUUUCUUGCCAUUUGGAGAGGUAGAUAUCUGUCCCAGGACAAAAAAUGUCCCAAAGUUCCAUUUAUGUUCUUGAACUUUAAAAUUAACCUUCUUGCCAUUGUUGAGGCCUUUUGGGGAGUGGGAGACAUCAGAAGUGCGAAUAGUCUCAUAUCAAUCUCUACAAGUAGCUCAAGUGUAGGGUCAGAAAUACACAUCUAUAUAUGUGGGUCUCACCACUGCAAGAAUGAAGAUAUUCUCGAGCUUUUUCUUUGAAAAUCUUUUUCAAUAUCCAGCCUUAAUUUUCCUUUCAAAACCAACACCAUCAUGAGUUAGCUUUCAAAUUUCCUCCACCAAAGGGCACUUACUUUUCAAUAUGUCUCACUCUCUCUAUAGUCCUAACUAUGACCUGAAUCCAUGAGUUAUAAUAAUUUCAGGGUUGGAGGAACAAACUUGUAUUGUCUCUUCUUGACAAACGGUCUACAAGUCUGUUUCUCCAAAACAUGUCAAUGUCAGCAUUGCUCUGAGUUGUUUGUAUUUUGAAGACAGCGAUAGAAGUGAACUGCCAGGUGCACACCUCCAUAUACAUACAAAGCCAUAGUUUGUCAAAAUACUACUAAAGUUUGAUGAGGAAACAUCAUUUACGCAUCAUUGCUUAUCAGUCCUUGAACAACAAAAUCUUUGCUUGGAAUGUUAGUUUACAGUUCGUUUUUAAGUCUUGGUAACUGAAAAAAUGAAAGUGCUUCCUUUCUUGGUAGAUCUAGAUGUUGGCAUGUUGUCUCAAAGUUACAGGGCUGAGGAUGGUCAGUGUGCUUUGCCUUGUCAGGUGUUUAUAGUAUGCCUGCCCCAGUAAGGGACUGGACUGGAAUGGGUUUCUAAAACCUCCCCUAAUAUGUAGCGGAAGAGGACUUUUGUCUUACUGAAAUUAUAGGAAUGACUCUUUCCUUUGGGAGAGUGUAGAAGAUUCAUAUACAGCCAGCCUUGGCUCUGAGGAGGAAUAAUAGCAGAUGUUUCUGAGGGAUGCCAAACUUCUCAGCGACAAAACCUCAAUCUCUUGACUAGGAUUCCUUCUCCGCAGCUUCAAGGUCCAGAGGAGCCAAAUGGGGAUAUCGUUUUGGGAUGUUAUAUUAGAAUAAUGCUUCACCUCUGAAGCGUGUGGUUUCCAGACACUCGCAUUGAGCAGGGAGUUAUAACCUCGCUUCCAGUGUGUUUUGUGGGCUGUGGAUGCCUUCCCAAAGAAGCGGCAGGGGCACGCCAAUCCAUAUGCGCAGAAAAGACUUCUCAAUCACCUAUCUCAUCCUUUUAAGUCUCUCUCAGGAAAACGAGUGCUUUUUUUCUUUCCUAAAUAAAUGCUCCCCCCCCCCCCAAAAAAAAACUGCAUAACUGCUGCAUGGUGUGGGACAUGGAAGAGGUUAUAUUCUCCAGUUAGGAAAGCCAUUUUUGGGGGCCGCGACAAAAGGUGUCUUUGCAAUCUCCGAGUUGAGAGGAGAAUGAGCCAGUUUGGGGCAACGUGGACCAUACCAAAUAAUGCAUCUUUUCCUGCGAAAAAAAGGGAAACCGCAGUUUUAAGUGGCUUGUUCCCAUUGGAAACUGUGUGUUGUAUAAUUUAUUAUAAUGUCUGUUUAUUUCAUGUAGGCCUUUUGUGCUUUUUUCAAAACGGGAUGACUGGGAUAAUGAGUGCAACUCUUGUUACUGUAAAGGAAAAUAAAAUCAGCUGUGAAAUUUUUUUUUUAAAGUAUUGUGUGCACAUGUCUGAUUCUUGUUGAAAUGCCUUUUGAUUUUUUUAAAGAAUUAUUUUAUUUUUUAACACGUGAUGCAAUGUUUGAUUCACAUCCUUCCGGCACUGCUCUUGGAACUUCGGCAGUGAACAUGCAACCUUGUAUUUUUAACAUGAAUGUCAAUUUUACAAAUAUGUCUGAAACGGUUCGACCAGGAUAAGGGCUUACAAUACUAUACGCCAAGCGUUGGAGGGCCUCUCCUCUGGCGCUGGUUGGAUCUCUCUUUGCCAGGAAUUGGAGUCCUGCUACUGAUCUUUCUGAUGUGCCUGUUUUAAUGGGACAUUGCAAGAAAUGUUGUGUACCUUCUACACCCCUUCCCCUAUUUGCACCCUUUUAAUGUAAAAUAAACAUUGACUUUGCUCUGUU